UUUCAGAAAGUGUUAUAUUAGUUUUUAGGUACUGUUACACUGCAAUUUGUUUAAAAUAACAGCCGAAUGGGAUUGAUGCACCUGUGAAUGUGAUAGUUGAAGGAUACCUGGUGAAGCAUCUACUCUCUCGAAUAUAUUCUUGUAAACCUGAUUUUGGUGGUUCCACCGCUUUCUCCCAUCUUUAUGUAUAUAUAUCAUUUUAAAGUGGGUUAUGAUAUAGACUUGCUACAGAAGAAAUGGGCGGCGUUUGGUGGUGGAGAUGGUAUCUGAUAUUAAUAUUUGUAAUUGUAACCGGUGUCGCUUCUGCUACAGAAGAGGAGCCACUGCUCACCCGAAUAGCUUUUGGAUCAUGCGCCAAUCAAAGCGCUCCUCAGCCCAUCUGGAAUGCAAUUGUUGACUUUGAUCCCCAAGUUUUUAUUUGGUUGGGUGACAACAUUUAUGGAGACAUCAGGCGCCCUUUUAAAAUUUUUGGACAAGAAAGGACAAUUGGUCCAUGGAAGAAUGCUCCCAGGUUCAUUCCUUCCUCUCACUAUGAAAUGGAAUCCAGCUACCACCAAGCUAAGGCUAAUCCUGGUUAUUCUCGUCUUCGACGCACUGCUAAGGUAAUUGGCACCUGGGAUGACCAUGAUUAUGGAUUAAAUGAUGCUGGAAAAGAAUUUGAUAGGAAAGUCAUUAACCAGAGGCUUCUCCUCGAUUUCUUAGAUGAACCUCAAGACAGUCCUCGGCGCAAACAGGAAGGUGUAUAUAUAUCUUACACUUUUGGCCCUCCGACCAGACAAAUUAAGGUUAUUCUCUUAGAUACAAGAUACCACAGGGAUCCUUUGCGCAGUGAUGGAAGUAUGCUCGGGAGUUCUCAAUGGACAUGGCUAGAAAAAGAGUUGAAUGGACCAAAAACAGCCAUAACCCUGAUUGGAUCUUCUGUUCAGGUUAUAUCAAAUCUUUCAGCAACCACUGGUCCACUGUUUUAUUUGGAGUCUUGGGGGCGUUUUCCAAAGGAGAGGAAACGCCUAUUUAAAUUGAUAGCAGAUAGUAAGAGAGAAGGAAUAUUUUUCAUUAGUGGAGAUGUUCAUUUUGGAGAAAUCUCGAGAUAUGAUUGUGCUACGGGAUAUCCACUGUAUGAUAUCACCUCAAGUGGACUUACCCAAGCUGUUGAGAAGGUAGUCCCAUCACCAUUGCAUUUCAUAGUGAGAUUUGUUGCUUGGUUGACACCGACUACUAUGAGAGUAAUGAGUCAAAACUGCAGAUUCAAAUCAUGUACUUAUGGUGAACCCAAUUUUGGAGCAAUUGAAAUAAACUGGAGUGCUCCUGUGACUGUGAAACUGGAAGUGAGGGACAUGAAUGGAUGCCCUGUUACUGGUGUAAAGUUUCCAUUAUUGGAGCUGCAAUCACAUGGUGUGGACUUGAUGCCUUCCAUUAAAGUACAGCAUCAAAGGCACUGCACUCUUGAAGCAAAUUUGCCAUGGAUCGUCAGAUAUCGCCUGGCCAUUUUGUUCUAUUUGUCUGUGUCUGUGUUGCUUGCUGCAGUGAUAGGACUCGCAUAUACAGCUAUAUCAGCCUGCAGGCGAUGGCUGCCCAAGUGCAAGCUUGAUUGACCAAGUAUUGAGGGGGGACAUUAAAACUUGUAGGAUAUAUAGUUUGUCCUCAUUAUGAGGGUCAGUAAUUGGUGAAACGUUUGAAGUUGAAAUGCUUGCUUGUUUUUGUGAUAGAUAGAUUACAUCAUGCUGCAUGGCAUUAUCAAAGUGCAGGGUAAUAAUUGGCAGUGCUCCUCCUCCUCCUCAGUCCUCACCUUUAAUCUUGUGCAGUUUUCUUAAGGUACAAACACACGAGAGAGAGUAUAUAGUUUUUGAUGAUGUAAUGAUAUGAGAAGAUUAUGGAACAAACUGACAUCUGGGGGCUGAGUUCAAUUAGGCUGGAGAGACUGAUUAUCUUUGGUCUUCUGCUUCAGAGGUGUAAUAGGGUGGUUGUUGAACGAAAUACUCAUUUAUCCUCUUUUAGUUUCUGCGUGCUUGUGUAAAUGGAUGAGAAUUGGGAACACUUGGUUGAAGCAUUUAGUAUGGUCA